UUGGCCCGAGUUCGCGAACUUCUGCUUCGAGCUUCUGUCAAAAUAAAUCCAAUUUCGGCUUAAUCUCGAGAAGACUGAAAUUUUGAAGUGAUACGCAAUUAAUUUUGCCAUCAUGUCUUCAGAAUUGAAAAAAUUCUUACAAGGAUUAUUAAGUCGUGUGGAUGGACUGCACAGUAUUCUUAUCACAGAUAGAGAUGGAGUGCCAGCGGUGCACGUUGCGAAUGAAAAAGCUCCUGAUUUGGCAAUGAGAGCUAGUUUUCUUUCAACUUUUGGUAUGGCAACUGAUCAAGGUAGCAAACUUGGUCUUGGAAAAAAUAAUACAAUUAUUUGUAUGUACAGUAGUUAUCAGAUUGUUCAAAUGAAUAAAUUGCCACUGGUAGUUAGUUUCAUUGCUAGUCAUGAUUGCAAUACAGGACACAUUCUUGAUUUGGAAAAGAGGAUUGAUCCUGUACUGAAUCAAUUGAAAAAUGCUGUUGCAGAUGCUUGAUAGUUACCUGUGAUUUACUACAAGCAAUAAGCAGUGUUGAAUCAGUCACAAAAAUAUGUACGAAGUUCUAAUUAUUAAUUUUCAAAAGUUCAUUUGCAAAAAUGAGUUUUAUAUUUUAUAUACUUAUUCUAUCCAAUCAAUUUCAAAACUCCGGGAUGCAAAAUUUAUUUUAAAAUGAUAGUGAUAUUUUUUAAAAUGAACAAAUUAAUGGCUUCUACAUAACAUAAUACAUCAUGUAGUCUUAUGUAAAUAUAUAAUAAUAUUAAGAUGCUUGCAAUAACUUUUUGAAGCAAUUUGAAAUUUUAAAUAGUUGGAAAGUCUAAAUCAAUUUGCAUUCCAACAUCCGUCGAUGAUAUUUUGUAAAUCAGAACUUUAUGCUUCAUACUCUCCACAAGAUGAUUGAGAUAUUUUUACACCUUUGAUAGCAUUAUUUCUUAUAGUUUUAAAUGUCUUAACGAUAAGUCAUGACUGUAAAUAAGUAAUUGAUAUAAUGUUUUUAUACAAAAUAUGUGAUCAUAGAUCAAAUAUAUCAAGUUAACAAAAUUAAAUGUUAUCUAUUUCAUAUUAUAUUUACGAGUAUAAAGUAAAU